GGUACAUAUGCAAGAAACAAUAAAACGAAAUCAUAGAAGCACGUCAGAUUGGACAGAACACGAAGUGUUGUUGAUCAUCAUCGUGCGGAACUUCUCUCGAAUUCACCAGCGCGUGUUAAUGGCCAACAGUAAUCUACCCAGAAGAAUCAUCAAGGAAACUCAACGUCUGCUCAGUGAACCUGCUCCUGGUAUAAGUGCCUCUCCGUCUGAGGAUAACAUGAGGUACUUCAACGUUAUGGUUCUUGGUCCUUCACAAUCACCUUAUGAAGGAGGAGUUUUUAAGUUGGAGCUCUUUUUGCCUGAAGAAUACCCUAUGUCAGCUCCCAAGGUUAGGUUUCUCACCAAGAUAUACCAUCCCAACAUUGAUAAGCUUGGAAGAAUCUGUCUUGAUAUUCUGAAAGACAAAUGGAGCCCUGCUCUACAAAUAAGAACAGUGCUCCUAAGUAUUCAAGCUCUUCUGAGUGCACCAAACCCUGAUGAUCCAUUGUCUGAGAACAUCGCUAAGCAUUGGAAGAGUAAUGAAGCCGAAGCUGUGGAGACAGCUAAAGAAUGGACCCGUCUUUACGCAAGCGGUGCAUGAUGUAUUGGAGAGUGAAAAAGAUCUCACAUUCAUCCAAUUAACAUUAAGUUUGGUGAAAUCUAUCAAACAUCAAAGUUGUAAAAAGCUUAUACUUUACUGGUUCUCCCCUUUUAUAAUGAUAAAAAUGUGAGUUUCGGCA